UAAAUAAACCAUUAGUAUUUCCUGGGCUAACAACACUCGUCCUGGCUUUGACAGAUAACCUCAACAGACCUUAAACACCUACAUUGUGUUAGGAUAACAUCACAAAACUUGGGAGAAUGCCUUUCUGAAGACACACACUACGGUGAAGUAGGUUGUUGUUUAUGCCAGUCAUCAAUUGCCUCAGACAUUGAAGCUUCAGGCUGCUACAAUAUCCUAGCUAGCUCAUUAGCAACAUCGCUAGCUUUGUAGCAUCAGCUAGCUUUCUAGCGGUGGCUAAACAGAUCCGCUCACAAACAGGCUGAAUGUGAGUAACAGCUUGCUGACCUGGUACCCGGACACACACCCUGAACAAGAAGAGAGGGGAUGGUGCAGCCCCAGCCUGAUGGCCCGAUGCAGUGGGACAUGUCGGGAGAAGAGAGUGGCGGGACCCUGAGGGUUCCCCCGGAGCUGGCCUCCAAUGAGGUGGUGACCAGGCUGCUGGGAGAUAACCAGCAGCUAAGAGAGGCCCUGCAGCGGAGCAACCUGGCCCUCCGUCAGCGCUGUGAGGAGAUGGAGGGAUGGCAGCAGAGGACCAGAGGGGAGCGAGAGUUUCUCAGCUGUCGUUUCCAGGAGGCCAGGGCCCUUGUGGAGAGGCUGGCCCAGGAGAACCACUCCCUGCAGAGUCUGGUGAAUGGGUCGGCCCCCUCCUCCACCCACUGCUGCAGCUCCAGCCAGACCGAGGAGCUGCAGGCGCGCCAGGCCUGGAGCAGGCCGCUGGACGGACCGCAGGUAGGCUCAGAGAUUCUAUUUCCUCAUAUUCAUACUUGA